AGGCAAUACCACACACAACCAUGGCUAGCAGGACACUCAGUCUCCCCUUGAGGGCUUUCGCAGGCACUCGCCCCUCAAUUCAGGCCUGGCGCAGUACCAGAUGCUUCGCCACUGAAGUUGCGCCCGCCUCAACAACAGCGCCCAUCCCCUCAGAUUUCACAACGCCCAUUACUACGCCGGUAGUCCAGGACGGCCAACCUCAGACUCUCGCCUUGGAAGAGACCGAUGGCAACACAUCGGGCAAGUCGCGACCAGUCGGUGUCGUCGUCAGCGCUGGAAAGAUGGAGAAGACAGUCAAAGUCAGACUACCCGGUCAGAAGUGGAAUAAGUACUUGAGAAAGCAUUUCAAGGACCACUCAGACCAUCUGGUACACGACCCUAACACAUCCCUCAACAUUGGCGACGUUGUCGCACUUCGUCCUUUCCGCGCAGCAAAGCACGUCCACCACGUCGUCUCAGAAAUCCUCGUUCCGUUCGGCACACCCAUCACUCAACGGCCGCCCGUACCCAGCGAAGUCGAGAGCCAAGCAGAAUAUAACGCAAAGCGCAGCGACAAACUAGAGCGCCGCACUCUUCGCCGCUCCGCUGCACAAGGAUCUGAAAAGGCCAUCGAAAAGCUAAGGGCUCUGGAGAUUGAGGCUGGUCAAGGUGUUGCUCCUGGCAAGGGCGAGAAGAAUGCGAGAAAGGCUGGUCUGCUCGGCAACAAGGGGCAGAAGUUGCCGAAGGGUGUUUUGCCUGGUGGAAAGCAUGCUGUGGGCAAGAUCGACGAGAGAGCGAAGCACAACAAGGCGCAGGCUAUGAAGAGGAAUGAGAAGGCUGAGCAAAACUUGCUCCAGGCCAAGCAGGUUGCUGAGGCCAGCAGCUAAGGAGCUGUUUCUUGGAUGCUUCUGAACGCUGAAUGGGGCUCAGGAACUAUGAGCUGGUUCAGUCGGGCAUACAUUGUGUAUAAACAAUCUAACAAAAUGUACUCUAUUUCCAAACUUCCAGCACUGUUUCUUGGUUUCUCUGCUUGGUCGAGCUGCUGAAAUUCAGCAGAAGACACCUCGAGGAAUAGCGUUUAGUUCCCCUCGGUCGUCUGCCGCACGCAGGAUGCUUUCUCAAUCUACU